ACGGCAGGGUGUCCCAAGCAGAAGCAGGUCCCCCAGAAUGGAUGAGGUGGUGGCAGAUCUAUCUGCGAGUUACGGUCAUUCAGUUGACCUGUAUGACCAGAACCUAACUGUUCUGCAGGACCUCGCGACUGGUGUCCGGGCGCUCACCGAUGCUAUAGCUCAGCAGGCUGCUGACAUCGCUCAGGUGGGAGACACCUUGCUCCGCCAAACUCUGGCCCAGGAACGCCUGGCUACUGCUGCAGAGCGACAAGUGCAGCAGAAUGACAUGAUGCUGCAGGAACUCCGCACCUUGACUAGGAUGGCCCCAGCAUUGAUCAUCUGGCAGCGGAUCCCCUGCCUGGAGACAGAGGUUGUGAAGCGCAGCACACGCCGCCACAAUGGUGGCUGCUUUGCGGGCGCCCAUCUGCUGUCAGCCGUGUCGGGUGUCCGGGCACAGGAGUGA